UCUUACAGAAAUUCGUGUGUCAGCUAAUUUAUCAAUCUAAAUACUAACGUAAAAUCGUUUUUGUUAACAUAAAGUAAAAUGUAAAACUUACGCACAACUUUGUAAUAAAAAUUUUGACUCCUCAUGUUGAACCACACUGAUGCUUACUAGACUCCUUACAAACAAUUUAAGAAAACUUGCUAACUUAUUGAAGAAUAACGCUAAGCAUAGUCAUUUUACUGCAAAACUAGUAACAGAAUACUCUGAGACUAAAAUGAAAGAUUGUGAUCGAUUUACACCUUUGGUUUAUCCAACGAACUACGACCUCGUAUUAAAACCCGAUCUCAAGACAGGCGUUUUCGAGGGAACAGUAAAAAUAAAUAUAACUGUAAAGGCGGACCAGAAAAAAAUUGCUUUACACUCAAAGUUUUUAAAAAUUAAAGGCUUAACGUUAAAUAGAGGCGAUGAAGCUAUAUCCAUACUAAAGUAUUUGACAGAAAAACAAUCACAGCAACUAGUGGUACAUUUUGAGAAUGUAUUGAAGUCAGGAAACUAUCAAAUGAAUAUUGAGUUCAGUGGUGAUUUGAGUAGAAAAAUUGUUGGUUUCUACCUUUCACAUUUAAAGGAUAAUAGAACAAUGGUAGCCAGUAAAUUUCAGCCAACAUAUGCUCGCCAAGCAUUCCCUUGUUUUGAUGAGCCAGAUUUCAAAGCCACAUAUGAUAUUGCACUUGUUAAACCCGAAGGGUAUGUGGCAUUGUCAAACAUGAAUGAAAUAUCAGUGACACAGGACCCAUCAUCUAAUUUAGAAACUGUCAAAUUUGCGACCAGCGUCCCAAUGUCAACAUAUCUGGCUUGUUUUGUUGUAUGUGAUUUUGGAUAUAAGGAUGUUGAAAUUAAUACUUCUGGUAUCGGAAAUACCUUCAAACUUAGAUCUUUUGCUCAAAAAAAUGAACUUCAUAAGAUUGAUUUUGCUCAAGACAUUGGGAAGAGAGCUACUGAAUUUUACAUAAGAUAUUAUGAAGUAGAAUUUCCCUUGCCAAAAUUAGAUAUGAUUGCAAUACCUGACUACAUUUCUGGAGCCACUGAGCACUGGGGUCUUAUAACAUACAGAGAAACAUCAUUUCUGGUUGAUGAGGCUACUGCUUCUGUUAAAAAUAAGAUCAGUAUUGCUAACACUAUAGCUCAUGAACUAGCUCACAUGUGGUUUGGAAAUUUAGUGACAAUGAAAUGGUGGGAUGAAGUAUGGCUAAAUGAAGGUUUUGCUUCCUACAUGCAAGUUAAAUCAUUGAAUGCAAUUGAACCAUCGUGGGCCAUGUUGGAUCAAUUCUUAACAAAAACUGUUCAUCCUGUACUAGUGACUGAUGCCAAACUUUCAAGUCAUCCUAUAGUACAAACUGUGUCUACACCCGAUCAGAUAACAUCAAUAUUUGACACAAUUUCUUACAAUAAAGGCGCGUCCAUACUAAGAAUGUUGGAGGGCUUCAUUGGCGAAGAAAACUUCCGUCGUGGCGUUUCAGAUUACCUCAAAAAGUUUCAGUACGGUAAUACAGUGACUCAAGAUUUACUAUCCUGUCUUGAAGUUUACUUUAAACAGGAUAAUCCUGAUUUAAGCCUGACUCACAUCAUGGAUACGUGGACACAACAAAUGGGCUAUCCACUACUCUACGUCGAGCCGGGGAAUGGAACAAACACAUACGUUGUAACUCAAAAACGGUUUUUGCUCGAUCCUGACGCAGAAUACACGAACGAUUCGAAGUUCAAUUACCGCUGGUACGUUCCGGUAACUUACAAGACAAAUAAAGGAAAUUGCGGCAGAGUUCUUUGGUUCCCCGAUACGGUAGAGAGCGUAACACUGAAUCUCGAUGACAAUAUCAGCUGGCUGAAAAUUAAUAACAAUCAAAUUGGUUAUUAUAGAGUUCAUUAUGCCGAUGAGAUGUGGCAAAAUCUUAUACUAGAGUUAAACGCUAAAUCGAAAGAGUUAACAAUAUCUGAUCGAGCGCAUUUAUUGGAUGACGCGUUUGCCCUCGCCGAAGCCGGCUCGUUGCCUUACAAUAUAGCGUUGGAUCUCACAACGUAUCUCACUGUGGAGGAUGAUGAAGUACCUUGGACGACCGCCGUAUCAAUAUUUGGAGACUUAGCCAGAAAAUUGCUGAACACACCAGCGUACGAUGACCUUAAGAGCUAUAUCCAUGGUCUAGUGAAACCUGUAUACGAGAAACAAAGUUGGGAAAAGGUUAAUAUUGGAGUUAUUGAAAGGUUACUUCGAGCAAGGAUACUAACUCUAGCAACUCGUUACCAAUUGCCAGACGCCGAAGAGAAAGUAAGAAAUUUAUUCUUGAGUUGGCUGAACGGUCACGGUACUCCCGAUGCCGUUGUGAUCGAACCAGAUUUGCGGGACUUUGUUUAUUAUUAUGGAAUGAGAUCGGCCACUCAGCAGGAAUGGGAUAAGUUGUGGGAGAUCUAUUUAAAAGAGACGGACGUCCUCGAAGCGACGAAAAUUCGAAGCGCCCUAUCGGCGUCCCGUGACGCGAACAUCUUAAAAAGAUACUUGGAGCUGUCUUGGGACGAAGCGAACAUUCGGAGCCAGGAUUACUUAAACGUUUUAGCGGACGUCAGCGACAACCCUACCGGCACCGGUCUGGUUUGGGACGACGUGAGGACGCGAUGGCCCCAGCUAGUCGAACGAUUCACGUUGAACAGCCGUUACUUGGGCGGCCUCAUUACCAGCAUCACGAAAUCAUUUAGCACGCAGCAAAAACUAAACGAGAUGGAAGCAUUCUUCGCUCAAUAUCCAGAAGCUGGUGCGGGCGAGGCCUCAAGGAAACGUGCUCUAGAAACAGUUCACAACAACAUCAAGUGGUCUCAGAAGCACCGAGCGUCUGUCGCAGCCUGGCUGGAGAAACGUCGUUCUUGAAAUGUUUUCAUCUUAAUGCAUCUCUAUUGUAAGAGAUCUACUUCAAAACUCAUUCUUCUUCUCAGUCGUUUAGAGCUUCCUUUAUUUGGUCGGUCCAUCGUAAUGGUGAUCUGAUGCACUAAAACUCAUAACUCAUAGUCAUUUCACUAAAUGGCUAUAUUUCAUGACAGUAUACCUAUACAAUAUUUUUGAAUGUCGAAAAACAAAUAACGAAUGUAUUGACAUAACAUAAUAUAUUUUAAAUUUAUUUCAUUACGGCGUAUCGUGAUGAUAUGUUUUGUGAAGCAGCAAUCUAUAGCGAAGGCAGAAGCUACCCCGGGGCAAUAACCUUAGUUUUAGUUGCAUCACAUUGCGUGCUAUCCGAAAAAUAGACAAAUUAAAAAUUUUGAUUUAGCCUUUUUCUUGUACACUUGUAUUCAUUAUAAAAAAACGCUUUCUUUACAUACCUGGUCUGAAAAAUAAUCUUAAACUGUAUAUAACUUAUGACAAAAAUAGUAACGCUCGCGCAUGAAUUG